GAGGCGCGGCGGCCUGGGACUGGCGGGCCGGCUGGUGGGGAGGUGUCCCGAGCGCGGGCGGCUCCUGGAUUCUGUAGUUUCCUCUCUGUGGGCGCCGGGCGGGCCUCGCUGCAGGCUUCCACGGCAUGCGCGGGCCCCCGGGGAGCGGCUGCAGGCGCGGCGCCUUGGAAUGAUCUUCCCGGUUUCUCGCUUCGCGCUCAGGUGGCUCCGACGACCCGGAGGCCGUGCCUUGUCCCGCGCCACCAUGGAAGUGGCUUUCCGAGGCGUGCGGAAAGUCCUCUGUGUGGCUGAGAAAAACGACGCGGCCAAAGGGAUCGCCGACCUGCUGUCCAACGGUCGCAUGAGGCGGAGAGAAGGACUUUCUAAAUUCAACAAGAUCUACGAAUUUGAUUAUCAUCUGUAUGGCCAGAAUGUUGCCAUGGUAAUGACUUCAGUUUCUGGACAUUUGCUGGUGCACGAUUUCCAGAUGCAGUUUCGGAAAUGGCAGAGCUGCAACCCCCUUGUCCUCUUCGAAGCAGAAAUUGAAAAAUACUGCCCAGAAAAUUUUGUAGACAUCAAGAAAACUCUGGAACGAGAGACACGGCAGUGCCAGGCUCUGGUGAUCUGGACUGACUGUGACAGAGAAGGCGAAAACAUCGGGUUUGAGAUCAUCCACGUGUGCACGGCAGUGAAACCCAGUCUGCGGGUGUUGAGAGCCCGUUUCUCUGAGAUCACGCCCCAUGCUGUGAGGACAGCCUGUGAAAACCUGACCGAGCCUGAUCAGAGGGUGAGCGAUGCCGUGGACGUGAGGCAGGAGCUGGACCUGAGGAUCGGAGCUGCGUUCACCAGGUUCCAGACCCUGCGACUUCAGAGGGUUUUCCCCGAGGUGCUGACAGAGCAGCUCAUCAGUUACGGCAGCUGCCAGUUUCCGACACUGGGUUUCGUGGUGGAGAGGUUCAAAGCCAUCCAGGCCUUUGUGCCAGAAACCUUCCACAGAAUUAAAGUAAAUCAUGACCAUGAGGAUGGCAUUGUAGAGUUCAACUGGAAAAGGCAUCGCCUCUUUAACCACACGGCUUGUCUUGUCCUCUAUCACCUGUGCAUGGAGGAUCCCAUGGCCACUGUCGUGGAGGUCAAGUCGAAGCCAAAGAGCAAGUGGAGGCCUCAGGCUUUGGACACCGUGGAGCUGGAGAAGUUGGCUUCUCGCAAGUUGAGAAUAAAUGCUAAAGAGACCAUGAGGAUUGCCGAGAAGCUCUACACCCAGGGGUUUAUCAGCUAUCCCCGAACGGAAACCAACAUUUUCCCCAAAGACUUAAACCUGACUGCACUGGUGGAUCAGCAGACCCAGGAUCCACGCUGGGGGGCCUUUGCCCGGAGCAUCCUAGAGCGGGGUGGUCCUAACCCACGCAAUGGGAACAAAUCUGACCAAGCUCACCCUCCCAUUCACCCCACCAAAUACGCCAGCAACUUGCAGGGGGACGAACAGCGGCUGUACGAGUUUAUCGUUCGCCACUUCCUGGCCUGCUGCUCCCAGGACGCUCAGGGGCAGGAGACCACUGUGGAGAUCGACAUCGCACAGGAGCGCUUUGUGGCCCACGGCCUCGUGAUUCUGGCCCGAAACUACCUGGACGUGUACCCCUAUGAUCACUGGAGUGACAAGCUGCUCCCUGUUUAUGAGCGAGGCUCCCGCUUUCAGCCCAGCGCUGUGGAGAUGGUGGACGGCGAGACCAGCCCCCCCCAGCUGCUCACCGAGGCCGACCUCAUCGCCCUCAUGGAGAAGCACGGCAUCGGUACCGACGCCACUCACGCGGAGCACAUUGAGACCAUCAAAGCCCGGAUGUACGUCGGGCUCACCCCGGACAAGCGCUUCCUCCCUGGGCACCUGGGCAUGGGACUUGUGGAAGGCUACGACUCCAUGGGCUACGAGAUGUCUAAGCCCGACCUCCGAGCCGAGCUGGAGGCUGACCUGAAGCUCAUCUGCGAGGGCAAGAAGGACAAGCACGUGGUCCUGAGGCAGCAGGUGCAGAAGUACAAGCAGGUUUUCACUGAAGCGGUGGCAAAGGCCAAGAAGUUGGACGAGGCCUUGUCCCAGUACUUUGGGGAAAGAGCGGAGGUGGUCCAGCAAGAAGAGAUGUACCCGGCCAUGCCCGAGCCCAUCCGGAAGUGCCCACAGUGCAACAAGGACAUGGUCCUCAGGACCAAGAAGACCGGCGGGUUCUACCUCAGCUGCACGGGGUUCCCCGAGUGCCGGUCAGCCGUGUGGUUUCCCGAUUCGGUGUUGGAGGCCAGCCGGGAUGGAAGCGUGUGUCCCGUCUGUCAGCCCCACCCUGUUUACAGGUUGAAACUGAAGUUCAAGCGUGGCAGUCUGCCCCCGACCAUGCCCUUGGAGUUUGUUGGCUGCAUCGGGGGAUGCGAUGAGACCCUGAGGGAGAUCUUGGACCUGAGGUUCUCACGGGGCCCUCCCAGAGUCAGCCAGCCCUCUGGCCACCUGCAGGCUAGCCAGUCCCUGAACAGAAUGGACAGCAGCCAGCGUGCCCACGCCCAGCCUCCUGACCACAGACAGACUGGGCCCUCGAAGGCGCUAGCCCGGGCCCUCCCCCCGCCCCCCACAGCUGGCGAGGGCAACUCCGUGACCUGCAACUGUGGCCAGGAGGCCGUGCUCCUCACGGUCCGCAAGGAGGGCCCCAACCAGGGCCGUCAGUUCUACAAGUGCAACAGCGGUGGCUGCAGCUUCUUCCUGUGGGCUGACAGCAGCCCUCCGGGAGCAGGAGCGAAGCUUCCCGCUUUGGCAUCAAGACCUCCCGGCAGCUCCCUAGGACCCCUGCCUGCCUCAGGCAGCCACCCAACUGGGUUUAGCCACCCCAGGGAUGGUGGUGGUGGAGGCACAUCCUGCCUGUGCAGCCAGCCCGCCGUCACACGGACUGUGCAGAAGGACGGGCCCAACAAGGGGCGCCAGUUCCACACGUGCGCCAAGCCCAGAGAGCAGCAGUGCGGCUUCUUCCAGUGGGCGGACGAGAACAUGGCCCCAGGGACCGUCGGAGUCCAGCCCUGGCCGGGUGGCAGAGGCCCGACCCCAGGACCAGAGGCCAGAAGCAAACGACCUCGGGCCGGUUCCACAGACACGGGGUCCACAGCUAAGAAGCUCCGGAAAUGCAGCCUUUGCCACCAGCCCGGACACACCCGUCCCUUCUGUCCUCAGAACAGAUGAGGGCGGGGCCGGGUGGAGAGGGCCGCCUUCUCAGACCGUGAAACCAGCGAAGCAGGACUGCUGGCCGCUCACUGUCCUGCAAACUCGGAGGAACGUGUUGGCUUUGGAGUUGGGCCUUCCUUGAAAGGAGCUCGUGGCCAGCACCCUCUGGAGGGCGGUGCCGGACGGUGGCCCUCUGCUCGAGGCUCAGGAGUGACCAGAGCCCCUGCUGAGGAGCCUGCUUGCUGGGGUCCCACGGAUGGUCAUGUCGGCACGAGGUGGAGAAGCGGUAGCGGAGGGUCUGACAGCGGGCAUCUGUGCAUUCCCAGCUGUGGGCCGCUGUGCUGCGAGGAGGGCCGCUUCCUUCUGGAGCCCCUGGGCCAGUGAGGGGCCGACACCCGGAGCACCCGCUUCUCUCCACAGCCGUCCUGGGAAGCCGGGCGUGAUGCCAGGACGGAGCUUGUGCUCCAACAUCGUGUCUGCAGGAGCGGCUGCCUUCGCCCAGAAGCAGGGCGCCCAUACCUUCUAUGCCUUAAUAAAGAAUUCACACACCUUC